CAUGCCAGCAGGCCCGUGGAGUCCCUGGGCUCCUGGGCGGCACACCCACUUUCCUUAUUAGGAGAGAGUCGGAGCUGGAGCUGCUGCGGGGCGUGGGCUGGGCCAGCAGUCCGGAGGAAGCAAGAAGGGCUCAGUCCCUACCGGCCCGCCUAGGGAGCGGCUGGUCCCUGAGCCCCAACAAGCGAUUACUUUUUUGGAGAUUCUUGUUCCUCCCUGCUGCUCUCAUCUCUCUUGGAGCUCACCAUCUGGACCCCUGGUCCCAGUGCCUAGCAGAGGCAUGGAAGAAUUUUUGCAACGCGCCAAAUCUAAACUGGAUCGAAGUAAACAAUUGGAGAAGGUCCAUGCAGUUAUUGGAUCUAAGUCAUGUGACUUGGAUUCUCUCAUUUCUGCCUUCACAUAUGCAUAUUUUCUGGACAAGGUCAGUCCACCUGGGGUCCUCUGCUUGCCAGUGCUGAACAUCCCAAGAACUGAAUUCAGCUACUUCACAGAGACAAGGUUUAUUUUAGAAGAGCUGAACAUCUCUGAGUCAUCCCACAUAUUCCGAGAUGAAAUUAACCUGCAUCAGCUGAACGAUGAAGGAAAGCUGUCCAUAACGCUUGUGGGCAGCCACGUCCUGGGGAGUGAGGAUAGAAGUUUGGAAGCGGCGGUUGUCAGAGUCAUUAACCCCGAUGAGCAGAGCGAUGGUGAGCUGGGGUUGCCCGAGUCUUCCUCCUCGCUGGUGCUGAAGGAGCUCCUGCGCGAGGCCCCCGAGCUCAUCACCCAGCAGCUGGCACAUCUCCUCAGAGGCAGCAUCCUGUUCAAGUGGAUGACCAUGGAUCCUGAGCUCCCAGAGAAGCAGGAGGACAUUCUCUCCAUCCUGGAAGAACAGUUUCCCAACCUGCCUCCUAGAGAUGAUAUCAUCAGUGUGCUGCAGGAGACCCAGCUCAAUGCUCAGGGUUUAAGUAUUGAACAAACAAUGUUGAAAGAUCUAAAGGAGCUGUCAGAUGGUGAAAUAAAAGUGGCUGUCAGCACUGUGAACAUGACAUUGGAGGACUGUCUGUUUCACAGCAACAUCACCAGUGAUUUGAAAGCCUUCACAGACAAGUUUGGUUUCGAUGUCCUCAUCUUGAUCGCGAAUUACUCGGCAGAGGAGCAACAGAGACAGCAAAUUGCUGUGUACUCCCAGAACCUGGAACUGUGCAGCCAGAUUUGUUGUGAAUUGGAAGAAAGUCAGAACCCCUGCCUGGAACUGGAGCCCUUUGAAUGCGGCUGUGACGAGAUCCUGGUGUACCAGCAGGAGGACCCUUCGGUGACCUGUGACCAGGUGGUUCUUCUUGUCAAGGAAGUUAUCAAUAGGAGGUGCACAGAGAUGGUCUCUAACAGUCGGACAUCCUCAACAGAGGCUGUGGCAGGCAGCGCCCCCCUGUCCCAGGGCUCUUCCGGGAUUAUGGAAUUGUAUGGAUCUGACAUAGAGCCACAGCCCAGCUCUGUGAAUUUCAUAGAAAACCCCCCAGAGCACAAUGAUUCUAACCAAGCUCAGGUGGAUGUCAGUGUAGACCUUGUUAGCCCCGACAGUGGGUUGGCCACAAUCAGGAGCAGUCGUUCAUCCAAAGAGAGCUCAGUGUUUCUCAGUGAUGACAGCCCAGUGGGAGAGGGUGCCGGGCCUCACCACAGCCUUCUCCCAGGAUUUGACUCCUACAGUCCCAUUCCCGAAGGUGUGGCUGCAGAGGAACAUGCACGUUCUGGGGAACACAGUGAGCACUUUGACCUCUUCAACUUUGACCCAGCACCCAUGGCUUCUGAGCAAUCCCAGCCAUCCUCCCAUUCUGCAGACUACUCGCCAGAAGAUGAUUUCCCCAACAGUGAUUCAUCAGAAGGAAACCUCUCUGCGGGGCCUAAAGGACUUGGUGAGAUGGGGGUCAACAUGUCUAAUUACUCCUCCAGUUCACUUUUGUCAGAGACCGGGAAAGACAGCCUUGUGGAAUUUGAUGAAGAGUUUGUCCAGAGACAAGAAAGCUCAGGAGGUAGCUCUGAAAGAAAUUUAAGUCUGACAUGUUUUGUGGGAGAUGACCCUUCUUCCCCCCAAAGGCUGAAGAAUAUCGCAAAGAGGAUCCCACCAACACCUAUGAACAGCUUUAUAGAAAUCUCACCAUCAGCUGAAGAGCCAGUCCCACUCUAUCCAGAAGAUAUGGUCCAGAAUGCAAUCAACACGGGACUCCUGGGACCACCUCAGAUUCGUGCACGGUGCAGCAGCUGGUGGGGUGGCUUGGAAAUUGACUCUAAAAGUAUUGUAGAUGCAUGGAGCUCUGGUGAACAAGAGCCUGUCUUCCAGAGCCCUGAAUCAUGGAAAGAUCAAAAGCCAGGCCUUGGGGAGAGGAGAACCUCAGAUUCCACAUUCCAACCAAAGAGUCUCGAAUUCCCAAAGUCAGAUCCCUGGGAAUCUGAAUUUGAUCAGCCUGAACUGGGCAGCAAAGACACCCAGGACCAGAAGAAGGAGAGCUUGCAAUGUCAGCACCCACCCACUGAGAGGCCGCAUUUGACAGAUGACUCUCCUCAAGGGACAAACCACCUCAUAGAAGACUUUGCUGCUUUGUGGCAUUCAGGCCACUCACCAACAAUGAUGCCCGAGCCCUGGGGAAAGCCCUCAGACUCUGUUGACGCUGCUGUUACAUUGCCCUUCCCUGCCUGGGGUGCAUUUGAUAAGAAAGAUAGUGCGGAGACUCUAAACAGUACUUGGAAUCUUCAUCCCACUAACCAUGAGACGCCUCCUGUGCAGGACCCCAGUGAGUGGGCUAUGGCCAAAAGCGGGUUUUCAUUCCCCACUGCAGACCUACUGGACAAGUCCCUUGUUGAGGUCAAUGAAGAUGCAGCUCCAGAAAUCUGGGGCAAGAAGAACAAUGGCUCCAAGGAUAAUAUUCUUACAUCUGGAAGUUCCAUUUCUGAUCUAGAUCAGACGUGGAAUAAAUCUAAGCUACUAGGGGAAGACCAGAAUGGUUUGGUGGAUCCUAAAGCCAGAGGGAAAGUAUAUGAAAAGGAAGGCUCCUGGAACCUCUUUGAGGAGAGUGUUAGGAAAAGAGGGCCAGAUGUGUUAGUUCCUUGGGAAGAUUCCUUCUUGUCAUAUAAAUGCUCUGAUUACAGCGCAUCCAACCUAGGAGAAGAUUCUGUCCCAUCCCCCUUAGACACCAACUACUCCACCUCUGACUCUUACACAUCACCGACAAAUGCUGGAGAUGAAACAGAAAUGGAAAACAAGCCAUUUGCUAGAGAGAAUGCUUUUGAAGCAAAAGACCCUGGCUGUCCUGCAGAUGGGGUUGAGGCUCUUGCAAUGUCACCACAGCAGCCUCAGAGAAAUCGAAUUGGUUCUGGUCCUGGGAACCUAGAUAUGUGGGCAUCACCUCAUGCCGAUGAUAAGCCUGAAGGCAGUGACACCCAUCACCCAGAUAAAGAUUUACUUAAGAUAGAGCAUGCAGAAGAUGGGAAUGCUUCCAUGGAGGAUGAUGUAGGGGAGAGCAGCCCAUCCAGUUACGAUGACCCUAGCAUGAUGCAACUGUACAAUGAGGCAAACAGGCAGCUUACCCUUCUACACAGCAACACCAACUCACGCCAGGCAGCCCCUGACAGCCUCGACACAUGGAACCGGGUGAUUCUGGAGGACACACAGUCCACCGCAACAAUCUCAGACAUGGAUAACGACUUGGAUUGGGAUGACUGCAGUGGGGGUGUGGCCAUCAAUGGUGAUGGUCAAGCAGAAGGUUACAUAGCUACAAACACUGAACCUGAAACCCGGUUCUCAGUGAAGCAGCUGGAACCAUGGGGCACAGAACAUCAAGAAGCAAAUCAGGUAGACUGGGACCUCUCUGCCUCUGCUGAGCCUACAGGGGACACUGGUCCCAGUGAAUACCAUACCCUGAAUGAGAAAAGUGGGCAGCUAAUUGCAAACAGUAUUUGGGAUUCUGUCAUGAAAGAUAAAGAUAUGCCAUCAUUUAGAUUACCAAGCCCACCCAAUACUACAGAUAAGGAACAAGGCACUUGGCCUCCUGAAAGUUCCGGGAACUCAGUAAAUGGUAAGGACAGUCACAUGUUAGAAGCCUCUGGACUCAGUGAAUCAGCAGUGCUUACAUCUCAAUCUGACAAUCAGGACACAUGGACAGAGUCCCAAGGUGGCACAGCAUCCUUGGUGACCAGGCUGGAGAGUCUAGAGCGUGUUACACAGUCAGAUCCAUGGACAGGCCAUACUUACGGACAGAGUGAAAACGAGAUUGAAGGCCUGACAGCAUCUGGCAGCAGGCAUCUCAACAAGGAGGCAGAAAUAGCUUCUGGGCUCGAAGGUGCCUCCUGGGCUUCUGGGAAAGAGUCCAGUGACCAGGAACUGUCUUUUUCAGCUGCAUUUGAACACCCAGAAAUCUGCACUGCGUCAGGCAAAAUCAAACCUCUUUCAGUCACCCCCAGUCCUCAGACUGAGGGACCAGAGGAAGCCUUAGAAGUUGAGAAGGAGUCUUAUUCUCUAGACUCCUUUGCUGUGCAAACAGACACACUCACAAGUAAUUUGCAGACAAAACAGACCCAUGAAGAAUCUCUCAUGGAUCACGGAAAUUCUGAUGAAACCAUCGCAACUGCCGAUGGGCCUAAUCUAAUAAAAAAUAUGCCUUUGUCUGAAAUGGAACUUGAGAAAACUGAAGACUGUAAUCUCCUAGAGCCAGAAAGAGCAAAUGACAAGCUACUUUAUGAAUUGCCUCAAGACUUUUGUGCUUGGGAUGGCCCUGUAGAUAGUGAUGUGUGGGAUAGUCGCAUAAGUUAUGAGGCAGCUACGAACCCUGCAGGUCAGGGCACUGAGAAUGGAGUCCCAGAAGCCUUUUCACCAGGAAACUAUGAUAGAGACAGCCUCUCUAGUGGGUGCACUCAUUCAAGUGUGUCGAGUCCUGACCUAAACGAUUCUUCAGUUGCUUUGUCCUGGACCCAUGGACCCAGUACUGAACUUCGGGAAGAGGACCAGGAUGACAGGAGCAAACAGACUCAUCAACAACCAGAACUAUUGCCUGCUGAAUCCCAAGUAGAAGUCAUUGCUGAAAUGAGGGACUCUGCAAGAAACAGAAAGGAUGAAGUUGGAAAGAUGUUUGAUCACAAUGAUCCUAAAUUUCCUGAGAAUCCAAGUGAUUCCAUCAAUGGUGACUCCUCAUCAUCUUCAUCCAGCCUUGGGACAGAUAAAUAUUUAGAAUAUUCUCAAGCAUAUCAGGAAGGCAAUGUAAUGAUUAGCUGUCAAGAAGAAAAUGAACUUGUGGAAAUUGUGCAGCCAGAGGAUACUAGGAUAGAGAAUUCAAGCUCAUGCUCUGAUGAUGACAGUGGGGGUGACGAAGAGUUGUUGGAGAAGAGGUUCCAUUUGGCCACAUGUCAAGUUUCUCAGAGUGAAUCUGCGGCUUAUGAUUCAUUGCAUGAACCCAACUUCUUGGCCACAGAGGAUCCCAAAUCCAUCUUUGUGGGUAGUUCAGAGCCAAUAGAGAAAGAGAGCAAGUCAAACCCAUUCUGUGACAGUCAACAAAGCAGCCCUGGUCAGUGGAUUUUGUCACCGCUCAUGCAGACUGACACACAGGAUACAUCUAUGGGGGCCAAAGCUGCAGAAACAGGGAAGAUGGGAGAUAACAUAUGGCAGGUAACUCCCAGAACUGAGUCCCAGGAUGGAGACCCUGCUCAAUUGGAAAUGCUUGGCUUCUCAACUGACAGCAGUGAGUGGUGGAACACCUCUCUACAGGAAGGGAGACCAAAUGCCGGUAUAUCUGCAGAGGUAUUGUCUAACUCAGAGGGUGAGUUAGAGGCAACUUCUCCAGUUUUCCAGAAUUCCGGUCCCUGGGGCACACCCAUUCAGAGUGACAGUGAGCCUGUGGACACAGGCAAUACUAGUCCUUUCAGUGGUAAACUAAAGUCACCCUUUCUAGACAGUAAUGGAGACGAGUCACAUGAGAAACUCUGGAACAUUCAACCAAAGCAGCUAGACUCAGAGGCCAAUCAACUCAGUCAGCUUGUAAUAUUGAACCAAGUUAAAGAUGGGGAUUCUGGACAGCAAACAGUCAUGUCCUCUGCUGCUGAUGAGCUUCUUGCAGAAGCUCGCACUCAAGAGCAGUGUCAGGAAUCUAUGCUGUCUGCCUGGGACCAUCCAGAGCCAGCAUUUACUAACAGAUAUGAAAAUGAAUGUGUCAGCCCUGGACUUUCACCCACUGAGUGCCAACAAGAGAACUGGUGGGAACAGGAAAAAUCCUAUCUCAGCCAAGUGACAUAUUCAAGCCCUAUCACAGAAAAUCUCCCUGCAGUCAAUGCCCCCACACAGCUGAUAAAGAAGUCGGGUUCUGAAUGGGAUAGCCCCAGCCCCAGUGAACCCCAGAAUAAUUUUGUUCCAGAUAUCUUACAUGGCAACUUCCAAGAGGGUGGGCCACUGGCCUCGGCUUCACCUGAUUUGUGGGUGGAUGACAAACAGCCUUACGCUUUCACAGCGGAUGCUGAGAAUCCUGAUAUAUUGACUCACUGUGACCCUGACAGCAACUCUCAGGCCUCCAGCAGCCCUGAUGUGUGCCACAAUUCUGAAGGAAUGCAAGAGAUGGAGAUGCAUACAGGUGUUUACCUGGGACCUGAGGUGGACCCCAGUGAGCUUGACCUCACUGAGCCGAAGAUGAAUGAUGAACUUCCUCGGGGACCUGGGAUGGAAUCUCUCCCACUCUUUUCAGAACUCUGUUCUGAACAGGCAAUACCACUGCCUCCAAUCAACCAUCAGACGGAUAUAAAGGGCUCAUCUAUGCCUGCCUCUCCAGAAAGUUCCCCAGAGCCUUCUGAUAUGUGCAGAGACAACAAUACAAGCUUAACAACAUUGGAGGGGGACACUGACCCACAAGUGGGAGCAGUGGCUGGGAUGACCCCAGGUGCAGGUAGUGUAGACACUCCUGUAACUCAUCAGGAGGUCACUAGAGAAGGCAACGGCUCUUGGGUGUCUGAAGACCUUUUUCCCGAAAGUCAGACAGGCACUGGAGCCUUGCUUGAGUGUGAGCAACCGUUUGCUUCUGAGAACCCCGCUGUUCUUACUGACACCCUGCUAGCCUCAGACACCUGCCUGGAUGUGAGCGAAGCUGCCUUUGACCACAGUUUCAGCGAUGCCUCGGGCCUCAACACUUCCACAGGCACGAUAGACGACAUGAGUAAGUUAACGCUAUCAGAAGGCCAUCCUGAAACGCCAGUUGAUGGGGAUGUGGGGAAGCAAGAUGUCUGUUCAUCUGAAGCUUCCUGGGGUGAUUUUGAAUAUGACGUGAUGGGCCAGAAUAUUGAUGAAGACUUGAUGAGAGAGCCUGAACACUUCCGCUAUGGUGGUGAUCUCCCGUUGGAGGAAGGCACGCUGAAGCAAUCGCUCACGCCGUACACGCCCCCCUUUGAUUUGUCGUACCUCACAGAAUCUGCUGCUGAUGCUGACACAGCACAGGAAGCUGGGUCCCCAGGUGAUACAUCUCUGGGGAGUGACGCGGUAGAGAUGCUGCUCUCUGCUCUUCCUGAUCAACAGGAGGAAAACCACACCGAGACCAGCAGGCAGCCUAGACACCAGAUGACUGUGCUGCAUAUUCAUGAAGACCCUGAGACUCUUUCAUCACCUGUAGGAGGACCGGGUUCCAACUUAGAGUCAUCUCCAUCAAACAUUGACUGGGAAAUAGAAACUGAUAAUACAGAUUCACCAGCAGGUGGCGACAUGAGACCACCAAACGAUGUCAGCAAGGAGUUGCUAGAAUUGGAAGAAGAGAAAGUAAUUCCUGCAAAAGGGCCCAAGCAGACAACAUUAGAAUACAAUGAAGAUACAUGGACAGAGAAAAGCAAAGACCAUCAUACCCUAGCUGUGGGUUACAUACUUGUAAGCCAUGAAAAAGAUUCACCAUUGAAACCAGAGGCCUGGGAAGCAAGAGAAAACUUACCUGAAUUAGAACAAUUAUCCACAGGUUCUGGAGAAACAGAGCUACCAGAUACUCAGUUAGCAGGGGUCGCAGACUCAAUCCAGCCUGAGUCUUUAAACGAAGUCAAAGCUGGUCCUGCAGAGAGAAUGUCUUCUGCCCACAACAUGAGGGCAUCUCCUGAAAAGCCUGCGCAAGAGCAGAGUUGGAUGGUCUUGGGCCACAGUGAGGAUGGUGACCCAUCCUCAGAGACAAGGGACACUGGGCCUGGGUCUCCUGACAGAACUGUGGAGCAGUUUUUGAGUCUCAGCUUGGACAAGGGUCCCCAGUCCCAGAUUCUGGAAGGAAAUGAGCCUCUAGACUCGUUAGCACUGGAGGAAGUCACUGGUUUGAACAGCCAAUCAAGGAAGAGCAAGAGAGGAGGGCAAGCUGGUCUAGAUGCAGUUCCAGCACAGGCUGCCACCCACGACAAUGAAUGGGAAAUGCUUUCACCGAAGCUCUCUCAGAAAAAGAGGAUCCCUCCACAGGAGAUGGAGGAGGAGACAGAGUUCCUUGAGCCUAGACCCAGGAAGCCAAGACCAAAUGGGUUCCCGUCAUCAGAGGAUGUGGGAAUGGAUGUCCCCUUCGAGGAGGGAGUGCUGAGUCCCAGUGCUGCAGACAUGAGGCCUGAACCUCCCAAUUCCCUGGAUCUCAAUGGCAGUCACCCUCGGAGAGUCAAGCUCACAGCCCCUAAUAUCAACCUUUCUCUGGACCAAAGUGAAGGAUCGAUUCUCUCUGAUGAUAACCUAGACAGUCCAGAUGAGAUUGACAUCAAUGUGGAUGAACUCGAUACCCCUGAUGAAGCAGAUUCCUUUGAGUAUACUGGCCAUGAUCCCACUGCCAACAAGAGCUCUGGUCAAGAGUCAGAGUCUAUUCCAGAGUAUACAGCUGAAGAGGAGCGAGAAGACAACCGACUAUGGAGGACAGUGGUGAUUGGAGAGCAGGAACAACGGAUUGACAUGAAGGUCAUCGAACCCUACAGGAGAGUCAUUUCUCAUGGAGGAGACUCAGGAUACUAUGGGGACGGUCUGAAUGCCAUCAUUGUGUUUGCUGCCUGCUUUCUGCCAGAUAGCAGCCGGGCGGAUUACCACUAUGUCAUGGAAAACCUUUUCCUAUAUGUAAUAAGUACCUUAGAGCUGAUGGUAGCUGAGGAUUACAUGAUUGUGUACUUGAACGGUGCAACUCCCAGGCGGAAGAUGCCAGGACUAGGCUGGAUGAAGAAAUGCUACCAGAUGAUUGACAGACGGUUGCGCAAGAAUUUGAAGUCAUUCAUCAUUGUCCACCCAUCUUGGUUCAUCAGAACGAUCCUUGCGGUGACACGGCCUUUUAUAAGCUCAAAAUUCAGCAGUAAAAUUAAGUAUGUUAGUAGUUUAUCUGAACUCAGUGGGCUGAUCCCAAUGGAUUGUAUCCACAUCCCAGAGAGCAUCGUCAGGUACGAUGAAGAAAAAUCUUUUAAAAGAAGUGUGAGACUGGACGAAGAACUGAGGGAAGCAUCAGAAACAGCUAAAACUAGCUGCCUUUACAACGAUCCGGAAAUGACUUCUAUGGAGAAGGAUAUUGACCUGAAGCUGAAAGAAAAACCCUAGCUGGCCAGCUGGAGGAGGGAUCACUUCCUGCUUCGUGGUUCUGCUGGAACAUGCCUACCUGGAAGAGACAGGGCUCGUGUCAUCUUUCUCCUCUUUGCGCCACCUGGUACCAUUGGAAAUGUUCAAGGGGGGACAAAUAUGAAAAGAAUUUGUUUACUGUUAAAAUAUUUUAUGAAAUGUUGUGUAUUUUCCUAUUUUGCCAAUUACGUGCCUCAACAAUUUUAGUUGAACCUUAGCAAGAAAAUAGAACCUUCCAUUUUAAUAUUCUGUUAACCCUUGGUGCAUUGGGACUUGGUUCCUUAGACUGGCUUUUACCAAAAGCAUAGCCUAACUCCGCUGUUGGACAGAAGUAGAUGCAUGUCCAUAGACUGAAUUUCCCUAUAGAGCUUGUUCUAGAUUUAAGAUGCAAAGGGCUUGCCUUGUCCUGGGAAUGCAGUUCUCUAGAGACUCUAUGAAAUGCUGAGUCUGGUUAGGACAGACAGACAGCUAUGACACACUCAUCAGCUAAGGUACCUGCUCCUUCCCUGUCUACUCGAGUCUUCUUUUAAUUUUUCAGAGAACAUAGACUUUCUAACCCAUGUAAGCUUUACUUUACAAAGCUGCAUGCAAUGGCUGUUUUAGGACAUUAUUUCCCUAAUGAUCUUUGGAGAACUUCAUAUUGUGAAAGUUAAGAUGAAUAUCAAAUUGUGAGUAGCUAACUAUUAUGCUUCAGGCCACAAAGCAGGUUCAAACCUUUAAACUUCAAUUGCCAAUUCCAAGGUGGCCAACUCAAACAUUAUUUGGUAACAUUGAAUCAUCCAAAAUUAACACUCAUGUGCAUUGCAAAAGCAACCUGCUUUCAGAGGUUUAAAAUUAAAUGCAAGUAUAUACUAGCCUUUACUAAAUAGUUUGUAUCUUGUUUUUAUAUACCCUUUAAAUUGCCAGUGUAAUUUCUAAUCUGUGGAUCUCUAACAGAUGGCAAGCUAUGCAAAGUGUAGGGCUCCACUACAAGUGAAGGUGGUUUCCUUCAAUUAGCCAUGCUUAACCAUACUAGGAAAUGUUACAGAUUUUAGUGUUCUGAAAUAAAACGCAACUGAAACACAGGGAGACACAUUUGUUUUCAUAUUAAGACUUCUCUCAUGCCUUCCUCUCCAGAAUGGAGUAGUGACAACAGACAGUUCUCUACAAAGCAAAAACACUAUCAUUAGAGGAAAUUAAAAAAAAAAACAUGCUGACCCCUAUGCUACCAGAUAUCUACCAGAUAUACCCAUUCCCAACCUGGCCUCUGCACCUUUUGUAUCUAUUUAAGUGCUUUCUCUAACUGAGUGGGCAGGAACAACUGUAAAUUCAUUUGUUUUUGUCAAAAACAUUUCUUUCAAGACAGAAUCUCACUAUGUAGCCCUAAUUGGCCGAGAACUCACUAUGUAGAUCAAACCAGACUCAAACUUGUGGUGAUCUUUCUGCCUCAGCCUCCCAAGUGCUGGCAUUGUAACACCACCAUGUUCGGCCGGGUAAAGAAAAAUUUGCCAUUUACAGACAGCGAAAUAUCACCCAUGAUCCUCUGAGAAAAGUGAGGGUCCUUCUCACAGAAGCACACGAUGGCCAGACUCAAGCUGAAGCUAUCCAGAAAGCUCAUCUUGAGGUCCAAACUCACCUGUUACCUAGUAAAUGGCAGACACCAAGAUGGCGUGAAGAUGUCCCUGCCUGAUGGCUGUGUUGAGGAGAGCUGUCUACACUCUGAGCCCUGGAGAAGUCCCCACAGCAGGGAGACUUAGUUGUGUGGGUGGUGGGUUUCUCUGACUCCAUUUGAUUCAUGUCUGUUUCUAAUCUGGUCUUCCAUCCAAGCUCACACCAUAUACAUGGGCCAGUUACCUUUCCUUCAUAAACCUCCAUAUCACCAUCUAGAUUCACCUAUUGAUCCCAUUCAACUUGGUAUCUUUGUCUUUUUUUUUAAUGUCCUUCAUUACAUUUGGCUAUUUUCAUAGAAAAACCCCAGAAUCAGGCUUUCACAGCCUGCCCUGACCUUUGGAUGUCCAAUCCUGAACAUCAUGGCUUGAAUAUAGAUAGCUACCCAAUAUUAUGAUUUGCUCACAUGUCUUAGCACAUUAAUUCCUUCAUAUCCCAUUUGGAAGAUGAAUUACAGGUUCCCCAGCCAUGUUGAACCCAUGAAGUCAUGAGGACCUUAGAGUUCAACACAGCAAAUCUGUAGAUAUGGCACUGUCGAGAGAGAAUGUUUUACACAGCCAACUAGAUGUGGUAACAGUCCUACCAUUUACAUUUUCUUUGAUAUUGUCCAGCCUAUGUAUGGAAGAUCACUCAGGGGACAUGACGUAGUAAAUUUAAUGUGAGCAUCUUUCAAAUAAAUGAUGUUUGAAAUAUCCUGGGCUGUAAUACCAUUCCAAUAUUUAUGCUUAUGCUAUCUUAUUAUCUUCAAAACAAGUUACUUUAACUGCACGUACUAGAGAAAAGCUACCAUGUUCAUCAAAUGAGUAGACUUCUGGCAAAUUCCCAAAAUAUCCCAUAAGCAGGUAGAUAUAACUCUUGCAUUGCUCAGCUCUAGUGCCUGUACCCCCAGCAUUCUUGCUUUGGUUCAGACUGCCGGGAACUGCUUUGCACUUUUUCCUGUCGAUUUGUAGUUAAGGGAACACCAAGGCAUCAUUGGGGCCAAAGUGGUGUUUUCAUUCUAAGUAGCAGCUACUGUUUAGCUGGCUUUUGACUAAGGGAUGGAACAAAAUCUGCACAGAAAAUUGUCGAUGAAGAGUAAGAUGUUGGGGGCAACAACUAGGGAUGAAAAGUCCCAAAGUUCCUGUUGAAGCCAUACAGUGUUAUAUAAGGUUCCUCCCUAGGGCAUACUGAUGAGCAAGGACGUCACUUUCCUUAGCCUCCAUUCUUAGGAUGUACUUUCGAGGGUUCCUUUAUGGUUCUGCAUAACUCCUGUCUUAUCACAAUGCCCCUGUGAUCUGCUACUUUAGGAUAUCUAUGUGUGCACAAAUUAACCUUUUAUAUAUCGAAAGAGUUUUCUACAUGUAUUGGAUUGCUCAGAGUAAAGUAUAUAUUAGAUUUGUUUUGGUAAACAAAUACUACUUAAAUAGUAUGGAUUAAAAAUAUAAAAUAUAUGUAAGAACACAAUAUAGCUAUAUACCCUGGCUGUGUAACUCAGAAAUAAAAAUAGAUUCCACA